AUGGACUGUCCAUCCUAUCAAUACGAGAGCCUGACUGCGUCCGAUCAUAUCCGUCUCAUCAACAUUCUUCCUGCAAACCGGGGAUCGGCAAUCAAACUCAAUAUUGAGCAUGCCGACAUCAACUCGCAUCCCGAGUACGAGUGCCUGUCGUAUGCCUGGGGAGAAGAUGACCAUAAGCUGUCCGUUACGAUCGACGAUUCUUCGCUACUGGUCACUGCAACCCUUUAUGUCGCGCUCGAACAUCUUCGACAUGCGUCACAAGAGCGAAAGAUUUGGAUAGAUGCUGUUUGUAUCAACCAGAAAGACAUUGCUGAGCGCAACAGUCAAGUAGCUAUCAUGAGAAAGAUUUACAAGAAUGCGACGCGCGUGAUUGUAUGGAUCGGACCAGCCACCGAGUCGAGUGAACAGGCCAUGGAGUUUUUGGAGAUGCUAGCUACGGCUAGGAAACAUCGCAAAUGGUAUACGAUCGACUGGUCUAAACAUGGUCAAAAGAAUAAAGAGCCAAAACCAGACCCGCCAAAGCCAACACCAAAACCAAAACCAGAUCCAGACCCACGCUUGCAACAACUGCGUGAGCGCCGAAGGGAACAAUUCAAUGGGUACAUAGAGGCAGUGAAAACCGCUGAAGCUACAAAGCACGAUUUCGUCGUGACAGGCUAUCCCAUACUGUAUGAUAUGGACGGUAAUCCCUACGACAAGUAUUUCAAGAGUGAAUGGGAGCCCUAUUGGGAGGCUCUCGAUGAGCUACUCACUCGCCCAUGGUGGGAGCGGACCUGGAUCGUACAGGAGAUAUGGUGUGCUUCGGGUGCAGUGUUACAAUGUGGCACUUCCAUAAUUGAAUGGAAAACCUUUCAAAUGGCCAUGGAUUACUCCGAGGCCUGGGAUGAUAUCGGAGAUGCCCUGGAAGGCAUGAAAAGACAGUCGCAGUGGGACAAAUUGCGACGACGUUAUACACUGGCGAUAAACCUUGCCAAAGCAAGAGUCAACGGGAGCUCGCUGUCUUCACUGCUCUGGAAUACCUGGGAUCGCGCGUCUACGGAUCCAAAAGACAAGGUAUUCGUUGUGUUAGGAUUGGUGGGCGACACUCAAGGUAUCUCCGUGGCGCCUGAUUACCGCAAGUCAAUGGAGCAGGUGUACCGAGAAACCGCGCAUCACAUCAUAGCAAACGAAGGUCGACUUGACAUCCUACUGGCGGCCAGUGGCAUUCAUGGUAACGAUGGCUUACCGUCAUGGGUACCGGAUUGGCGUCGCGAGGCGUACGCAAAGAAGCCGGUUCUACUCGUCAAUCGCCAUCUACUGAUGAAGCUGUGCUAUUCGGGGUCGACUGACAUGGUGCUCCAAGGACAUGGCUACCGUGCGGCCGGCAGCUCGGAGCCAUAUAGUUCCUUCAGCCAGGAUCUGCAUGUGAUGACGGUACUAGGCAUACAGUUGGACAGCAUCGCGGAGGUAUGGGACGUAGAUGUCGCUGCCAUGCGCGAUGGUGAAUUCAUCAAUCAGGCUUUCGACUUCAUCAUACAAUCGAAGUUUGUGUCUACCGAGGCACGACAGAUAGUGUCGGCGGAAAGAGGAGAGCUCGCCACUUCACCGCAUGACUCGAUCGUAAUGACGACACUUACUGGUGGGGGUAAUGUAAAGUACGAUAGGAGAGCGCCGACGAUGAGAAACAUUAUGCGACAACGGCGGCUUUUCGUGACGGAGCAGGGAUAUAUUGGGAUUGGCCCAGUAGAGGCCCGGUCCCGCGAUGCGGUCUUCAUCAUCUCUGGCUGCAAUUUCCCGAUCAUACUUCGACCGAGAAACAACAUGUUCGCGGUUGUUGGCGAAGCUUACAUGCACGGCUAUAUGGCCGGUGAAGCUCUAGCUCUGGCUCCAACUUGGGAGAAGAUCUCGAUACUGUAG